GAAAGACGGAAGUACCUGCAUUUCCGAGCUUCCAGUGCAGUGCCCUGUGCUGCACACCUGCCGGGGGACCUGCGGGGCAGCAGGAGUUGGCAGACGCCCUGCUUCCUCGGGGGCCCUGGGUGCUGCUACGGAACUGGGGACCAGGCUCUUGAUUGGCACCCAGUGAUGUCCUGAGGAUCCUAAGCCCCUGGAGGGGCGGCCAGGGAAGGCCCUCUCUUCUCCCCGAGGAUGAAGGUGCCGGAGGCCCCCUCCACCUUCACGAAGAUGGCUGCCUUUUACCAGUGCAUCAAGCCUGACCCCAGUGAGCUGGAAAUGAUUUCCACGAGGGUGAUGGACAUUAAGCUUCGGGAGGCUGCAGAAGGCCUUGGAGAGGACGGCACAGGGAAGAAAAAAUCCAAAUUCAAAACAUUUAAGAAGUUCUUCGGGAAGAAGAAGAGAAAGGAAUCGCCUUCCUCUGCAGGAGGUGGCACCUGGAAACAAAGUCAGGCGAAGAAUGAGGUCAUUGCCAUCGAGUCGGGGCCAGUGGGCUAUGACUCAGAGGAUGAGCUGGAGGAGUCGAGGGGCGCGCUGGGCAGCCGGGCCCUCUCCCACGACAGCAUUUUCAUUCCUGAGUCGGGACAGGACCCUGCUCGACCUGUGCGGGUGUUUUCCCAAGAGAACGUGUGUGACCGCAUUAAAGCUCUGCAGUUAAAAAUACAGUGUAAUGUGAAAAUGGGGCCACCACCUCCUCCGGGGGACCUGCCUGCCCAGCGUGGGGACGAUGCCGGCAUGAGCUCUGAGGACGACGGUCUGCCCAGGAGUCCCCCAGAGAUGUCCCUGUUGCAGGACACGGGUCCCGGCACAACCAUAAAGGUCUCUGUGGCUUCCUCGUCCCCGCCGCAGUCUCCCCACCAGCUCUUCUCCCGGCACGCGAGCGACACCUCCGUCUCCCCCAGGACCUCGGACAGCGCCGGGGCGCCCGUGGCGGACUUCGCGUAUCCACCUGAGUCCUCCUCCUGCCUGGACAACUCUGCAGCCAAGCACAAGCUCUUGGUGAAGCCCCGCAACCAGCGGUCCAGCAAAAUGCGGCGUCUGUCUUCGAGAGCACAGUCCGAAUCCCUGAGCGAUCUGACGGGUACCCCAGAGGAGGAGGAAUACGACGAGAAACCACUCCCCAAAGUCAGCACGGAGGAGAAGCCCAGUUCUGGGCAGCAGGAGGUGGGACCCGACAGAGGCCCUGAGCCCGGGGGACUGGCCACCAUGCUGCCACCACCUGGGGGGGCACGUGCCCGGCGGAGGCGCCUGCAGCACUGCCCGGCCCUCAGUGCCAGCACCGAGGAGGACAGCCUCCUGGGGGACAACCCCUCCAGCCGCCCGGCCACCCCAGAGGUCACAGAGGCUGUGUCAGGCCCAGCCUCCCUCGCAGAGUCCCCGUCUGGGCCAGAAGGCUCCCCGCACCCUAAUCACAGGGAAGCCCAGAGGGAGGAGCUGUCCCAGGAGAGCACGUGUUCCUCAGACAGGGACACAGCAGACGAGGUGGAUUGUGCUUCUGGAGACGGAGAGGGUCAAUUAUCUCCUUGCAUCCUCGAGGGGGACACGACCCCUCCCGAGCCUGGCCCCGCCACCACCCUGGAGACUCUCCCUAGUCCCCAUGGGCCAGAACACCCUGGCCAGAAGGAGGUGCAGCCAGUGCUGGACGUGCCGGGUCGCGAGGGAGCAGGCCCAGAAACCCCGGCCCCUGCCCCCAGCCCCCAGGCCCCCAAGAGCUGCUUGAAGCGCAAGGCCCCGGCCGUGACCCUGAAUGUGAGCCUCGGCGCCGCGCCCUCACCAGCUGCCUCGGAGUCGCUUCCCCAGGAGCCCGCACCCCGGUCUCCGGACCUCGAGGCCCUGCGCGGGAGCGGCCCGCGGGCGAGCGCGGAAGCCCCUUCCCGGUCAAGCUCCGCUCCACGUCUCUGUCCUUCAAAACACAGGGAGGCGCCCGGCCCCGACGGGAGAGGGAUCAAGAGGUACAGUGCGGAGGUGAGGUUAGAGAAAGGAGGGCUGACCUUGCUCUCCAGGGACGACAGGGGUCCGCUGGGGACGGGCCCCGCCGCCCGAGGCGCCAGGACCCCCAACGAGCAGGGCAAGGCGAAGGCCCGGUCCGCCGAGCAGCUCAGCUCCAAACCGCCCCUGCCCAGGAAGCCGCUGCUGCAGACCCUCACCCUCCCCCAGCUGCCUGCGCCCCCCGACACCAGCCCUGGGGACUUGGAGAAGGUGGGGGCCCCCUCGGAUCCCAGGAAGGAGAACCAGCCGGCGGAGAGGAAGUCGCCCCACAGAGGAAUUGAGAAGGCAGCGGAGCCUGGAGCUGAUGGCCAGCCUGUGCCACCCUGGGUCACCGUCGGGCGGCAGAAGCGGCGAGGGGCCCCGGAGAAGCCACCCAGCCAGGAGGACAAGCCUGGGGCCCGGACCCUGAAGUCUGAAACAGGAAGGGCAGCCAAGGCGCCCGAAAGAGCCCAGGAGCCCGUGAAGCAGGCCGACUUCGUCCGCAGCAAGUCCUUCCUGAUGGCGCCGGCCAAGCCCGCUGCGGACCAGAGGCCGGGGGCAAAGCUCCGCCUCCCGGAGGGGCUGCAGAGAGGCAUCUCCUUGUCCCACCAGAACUUGGCCCAGUCUGCUGGAGAGAAGACGGAGAAAGAAUUGCAUCAGCUGAAGAGAGCCAGUUAUGCCAGCAUGGACCAGCCGUCCUGGAUGGAACUUGCCAGAAAGAAAUCUCAAGCUUGGAGCGACAUGCCCCAAAUUAUAAAAUAGGUUGACAGUGUGCUGCUAAAAAGUGUCCACCACCUUGACGGGUCACUUCAUUAAAAACUGCCACCCAAUCAAGGCAAACAAACUGUGAAACUUAAGAAUGAUUUUAUCAUCAGGUUACAGGAGAGCGAGCUCAGGGAAGAGGAAGAAACCAGGCAAACAAGUGGGACAGACACAUGGCCGCAGGCCCGGGCCAGAGGGGCCCGAAGACAAGGACACCAUUGAGAAGGGCCAGGAGCAAGGUUCUGUGCCCACAGGUAUGAAUGUGAGUCUUUCAGGAUCCUCUUGAUGCAGAGGGCUCAGGCAGGGAAGAAAACGUGAGUGAAACAUCAAUGCAGAGUUGGGCUGGGAUGCAGGGCUGGGAUGCAGGGCUGGGAUGCAGAGUUGGGAUGCAGAGAUAGAAGGGCUCCCAGAGAACAUGUGUCUGCCCUUCCAACUGAGGUCACUGUGUGUCUCUGGGCGUGGUCCUGCCUGUAGACCUUGUCUUCUUUCAUGUUUACUGUGAGGCAUGACAUUCAUGGUUAAACAGGGAUGCCCUUUCCAAGAGCAGCUAUAACGCAGUCAGUUUUCCUGAAGGUAGCCACUCUAAGAGGUAGUGGAAGGAACCCCGUUGGGUUCAUCAAUUCAUAGGCUGGUUCCAAAAAUAAUUUUUAAACUUUUCCACAUGGCAUCUGUGUCCUUAACCACUGCACAAUGCAUUGCCUGUUCAAUAAAACUUUUCAAAUGUGCUUCUGUGAUACGUGUAAGUGUGAUUUCUACUCACAUUGAGACAGUGUCCUCCCGCAACUGAGUUCAAUGCAAUCUGUGGAAUUUCAUUUAAAAUGCUCAGUUGGGUUGAUUUUGGAGUUUGGGUUUUAUAAGAUUUUUUUUUCCAGUAAAAUUUUGGUGUUCAUUUGUGGAAAUCAGAAGAUGCUAUAGGUUGUUUUGUUUUUCUCUUUACAGCUGUGUGGUACAACAUAUUAAAAAUAUAAAAUGUCCUUAAAAGUUGCAAUUCUUUAGCAUCUUAUUAAUCUAACUUGUACAUUUCUGUUGAAAACUAGGUUAUCAAUUCCUUAACCAGCAUGACCCAUGGAUGCGGAAUGUGGAGAAGCCACCAGAGGAAGAGUGUAUAUGUGGGAUCUCAGAAUUACGUCUCAAUUAUAGAAUACUUCUAUUUAAAAAAAGAAGUUUCCAAUUUGUUCAUUUGAACAAGCUAAUCUCCAUGGGAAUAGCUGGGCACAUUUAGCCACCAGAAUCAGUAAAACCUCAUGCAUAUAUAUCAUAAUUUGAUUUUAUAUACCCUAAGUUCUGCUACCUUCAUUGUGUUUUCCAUCUUUGUGAAUAAUUAUUUUUCUAGCUGUUAGAACUACACAACGUGGUCAGGUCUACCUGUAUUGAAAAAGACCUGGGAGAAUUGUUUGUUCCCCAACCAGAUGGAUCUAGAAUUGCAUUGUCCUAGAGACCAUCAGUGCUGAGGUCCACGGUGAACGUGCUCUGAGCAAGGACUCCCUCCCUCUAGCCUUGCUCCAAAACCUUCGAUGUGAAUAGUUUUACCUAGAAAAAAGGCUACGUUGGCUACUGUUACCCAAUACUGUCAUUUCUCCUGUGAGAAGAACAUUUCAGAUGAACAAUGCUGAGGCAGUGGAUUUGACUGUAAGGGUGAAAAGUAUUUGGUUCGGUUUUGUUCAAAUAGAGGUUGAUAUUCUCUGUGUGUUUCAGGACUUGGCUCAGUUCUCUCUGGCACCUGGUAAGUUGGGAGGGUUUCGAAUUUUAGGAGACGGGGAGAAUUCACUGGGGGGUGGUCCUGCAGCUGCUGCCCCACCUCCACCCUCUUCCAUAACUAAAGGGGCUGAGCCAGGCCAGAAUGUGGGGAUGCUGUGGGAAGUCUAGAGCAGCAGUGGUGAUGGGAAAGUCGGCAAGGAAUCAUCAGCCUUGGCUAUCAUAAGAAGAAAGACAGUACGCCACGACUGAGUCCUUCCUCUGUGCCAGGCACUGCUCUGCAUGCUUCAUAGCUGUUGUUUGUAAUCCUCUCCACAGUCCUUUGGAGAUAAGUGCCAAUCUCCACCUUGUGGAUGAAGAAACGGAGGCACUAAAUGGAGAUGAGUGUCACCUGUCAAAGAUCUCACAGCAGAGCACCUGGUAAGUGACCCUGGGCCCCUGGCUUUUAAACCCUACCCUCGAGUGAAUCCCCAUUUUUUAAAAAAGCAUUAGUGUGGAGGUGAAUCUGCAUCCUUAAAGGCAUUAACACAGACAGGGGAGCACUAAACUUGACCUUGAAGACUCCUGUGCGGCUCGAGACUGAAUUUUUGUGUCUCCCCCAAAUUUCAUCUGUAAAAUCCUAACACCCAAUGAGAUGGUAUUAGGAGGCGAGGGCUUAGGAAGGUGGUUAGGGCAUGAGGAUGGGGCGCUCAUGAAUGGGAUUAGCGCCCUCAUGAAAGAGACCCCAGAGAGCUCUGGCGCCCGUUCUGCCACGUGAGGAGGACGCAGGGAGGGGGUGGCCGUCUGUGAACGAGGAGAGGGGCCUUCACCAGACGCUGGCUUGCCGGUCCCUGAAUCCUGAACUUGCCUGACUCCAGAACUGUGAGAAACACGUUUGUUGUUUUUAAGCCACCCAUUCGCUGUUACAGCAGCCCAGACGGACUAAGACAUAUGUCCUGGGGACAAGCAUGCCCUCUGAUGCUUCGCUCCACCCUUCAUUUCCCUAAAAGUCCUGGAGAAAGCGGGAGGGUUCUUCUGUACUUUCUCAUCAUGAGCACCUGCACGGACUGUGAGGUGUUUCCAUUCGUUCCCUCACUUCAUGCAGUCAGCACCCGUGCGUGGGCCCUGUCCCGCGGCCUGCGGGCACCUCAGUGGGCAGGUGAGUGACCUGCAUUCUGUUGAAGGGGGUGCACGCUAAAUAAAUGAACAUGAGAUGUGAGAAGAGCAUGGGAAAAGAGCAUUAAGUGCAACGAGGAGCCUAAUACACAGGGACUUAGUUGUGGCGGAAGGUCUCCCUGAGACUGGGUGGUUGGAGAGGGUUUGCUGAAGAAAUGACCUAAUUGUAAACAUGGACCAGCCAUGCAGAGAUCCUGAGGGGAAGCCUCUAGGGAGAUGGACCUGCUCUACCGAGCUCCAGGCCCUGGCUCUUGGCACGUCCCAGAACAGUGUGGCUGGCACGUGUGGGACAAGGGGAGAGGUUUGUGGCCAACAGAGGGUUUGUUGUUUCUCAGAAGGGACGUACAAGUGAACACACACCUUUUGUGUGUUCAUGUGUGACUGGGCAGAAACUCGCAGGAGAGAAGGCUGGGACGCCUGCACUGAUGCGCUGCUCCCGCUCCUGGAACCGAGAGUCCCAGGUUCUCAUCCAGCUGCCAAGGGCGGCCCCACCGUGAUGGCAACGUCCUGGUCUGUUCCCCACCUCCAACCCCACCUGCCCUGGUCUGUUCCCACGGCCCUAUUCACCUGGGGCUUGUGUAUUUUAGGGGGGGUGCUGUCUUCCCCCAGAACUCGGCCCCUUAGCAGUCUGCAGAAGAAAUCCAUGCACACCUAGCAUUCUUCAUCUUGGUCAAGCCUAAUGAAUAUUUGGGGGUGGGGUCUCGUGGAGGGGACUCGUUCCAGAGGUCAAAGCCCUCUCUAGCUUCCUCACCCCACAGCCCGCCCCCACCUGCAGGACGAAUUGCUCCUGGUUACCUCGAGCUCCUCAGACCUAACUUGGUCCCCCCACUCACACACCACCCCAAGCAGCUUACCAGGAUUUCUCCGAAACAAAGGGCAUCAUCUUGCCGAGGGGAAUUUUGGUGAACAACAUUCUCUCCACUUUAUUCAUGCCUGUCCAGACAUUUGAAGAAAGGAGAGGGAAUUGACUUAUUCUAACUCCGCAGGAAACAAACCGGGACCAGAAAUGAAAGUUCAUGGGAAAGACAAAUGAAGAACUGUUUUAACUGUCACAGUUGUCCAGCACGGGACGGGGUGCCCAGUUAGGGGUGAGCAAGUGGAGGGAGAAAGGCCGUCCCUCCGGGGUGAUGCACACGUCUCCGCCUGGACAGGACUUCGGACUGGGUGACCUCCCGGCCUGCAGCGGCUCUGGGUCUGCAGCCCGCAGUGGCCUGAGGUGGGGCCUUUUACAUUGGUUCUGUAAUAUGGUCACAUUACAUCGCUCUUCAUACUCAUCAUUACCAAGAAGUAAUCAUCCAGAAAAUCACCCAAAUGGGCUCUUAUGCAGAAUGCCGUUGUCCAGGGUGCCUGGGAAGCUUCCUAUUCCGGGGAGAAGGAGACCAGGCGGAACCAGCCUGUCAGAAGGCGGGGUCUUUCCAGUCCUCGCUGGAGGCGUCCGUGACAGGGGAGGGGUCCAGGCCUGCUCUCCCCACCCAGCCCCUGAAUCUCCCAGGCAGUUCUGUUUAACUCCCAUGUGGAGAGAAAUCGUAAUGUACUCCUUGGUCGAUAAAAAUAAUCUCCAGGAAAUAGGCUGUUCAGGACCAAAUGGCAGAAAUGAUGGAAGCUGAAUACGUGUGUUUGGGGCAACAGCACAGGUGUUCAGGCGGCAGGCGACUCACUUUAGACA